AUGCAGACGGUCGGAGGCAAUGAACCCACAGAGAUGGCCAAUGAUGAUGGGAGCCAAGCAAUGGAUGGAACUACAACGUUCCUAGCCCAAAAAAUGUUGGGCUUCCAUAUACAAACCCCGCCUGUGGUUACGUCCACGGAGCCUGUUGCAGGCGCGAGACAAACAGAAACUGGCAAUGAUGAUGGGAGCCAAGAAAAAGAUGAAACCACAGUACAAACCCCGCCCGUGGUUUUGUCCACAGAGACUGCUGCAGGCGCGGGACAAAUAGAAAUGGACAAUGAUGAUGGGAGCCAAAAAAAGGAUGAAACUACAGUGGUUUCUGCACUUGUCACUCCUAGCGUUGCUCCUGUAAAGGGAAUUAGAGGCAAGAGUCCUAAAACUUACUUGACGGAAGGUUCUUUAGUUGAAGUAUCGGGUGAAGAUAACAUGUGGUUCCCUGAUUUGGUUAUAAAUAGACAGCCUGGUCUAGGUCCUAUCCGCAGCUAUUAUUUGAGGUACUUGAGCAUUGAUAAGUAUGAGAAUGUCCAAGAGAUGCGGAUCCGUCCUACACCGCCUCAGCUUCUUCAGGAAGAACAUGCCGCCAACGUUUUAGAGGCUGGGCAAGUCGUUGAGGUUUACCACAAUGAGCACCGGUGCAGAGGGUGUGUGAAAGCGCCUACCGAAGGUACAAAUGUUUCUAUCCAACUUUAUGAUAUCGACAAAACACAACUGAUAGACGUUAGGGAUACAAGGAUUUUUACACAAUGGGUGGACGAGGCGUGGGAUCCUCCUGUGAAUGUGGCUAUCCAGGAAGACGCAGUGACGUCUGCUUCGCCCACCACAGUAGAAGACAUUGCGAAGGGUAACCUGGAGAAGAAGAAAGUGGAGAAGGCGAAAUCCAUGGAGGAGAAGAAGAAGAAGGAGAAAGCGAAGAAAAAGAAAGCGAAGAAAGAGCAGAAUGAAGAGCUAGAGAAAACAUCUCUAAGAAGGAGCAAACGGUUCAAACAAACGGAUCAGUUAAAAAUGGACAUCACACUUCCUACGCUCAAUUACAAGAUGGGGAAGGAACCAGUGAGUGGGUUCAAGGCCAUAGAUAAGUACUCGGACUUCAAGUACAUCGCCAAGGUGAAGGAGAUACUCGGGCCUGAGCAAUUUAAGAGAAUCGAGGACUCUUUCUUGGGUCUGGUUUUGCAGUUCUGUUCGAGGAAUCUAUCUAUGUCAGGGAAGAUGAUCCACACAAUUCUGACCAAGACCCUGGAAACCAAGAAAGACAAAGAGCUGUGGUUUCAUUUUGGUGGACAUCCUAUGAGAUUCUCUAUAAGAGAAUUCCAUAUGAUCACGGGGAUGAAAUGCACUGAAUGGUUGCCUGCUGUUGAGGAAGAGGCAAACCACUAUGAUUGGUCUCAAUUGGAGGAUGGACAUUCACCCGACGACCUGAUAGAACUCAUGAUCGAAGCCGCAGAAGAUGCUCAUGGUGAGAGGUUCUUUGGCUAUGGUGCUGCUCAUAGAGACAAUUUUUCUUUAUAG